GCCGUAGUAUUUGGGAGUAAAGUGCUCAGAUCAGUUUAGAGAGGGCGGAGAAGGGCUCGCCUCAUGAUAGCAUAACGUCAGUGAACGUGUGAACGUCGUGUUUAUUUUUGUUUCAGGGUUAACGUUACUUUGUUUAUUUAUGCAGAAGUACGAUUUCCUUAUUUGAAAUGUAGCUUUUAGGGGAUUUAUUCCUCCUUCUCUCUCUCUGAAUGGAAACCGCAGUGAAACGGGAGACUGGUACUCCACUCUCUCAUUCACAAAUGAGAAGUCAGAUGGGUCGCUGUGACUUGAGGUAAAACUCCUGAAAAGUCCCCAUUUCCAGCGAUGCCUCCGCAGGGAGCUGGAGAAUAUAAGGCUGUUCCAGGGAUGGUUGUACCGCCGGUACCCCCGAGAAGAUUGCGGAGCAGAGAUUUAUCAUCCGCGGUGAAGAGUCGCUUCGGGUCGGCAGCUGAGCGCAGGGUGAAGUGCGUGCUGGUCGGUGAUGGUGCAGUGGGUAAAACUAGUCUCAUUGUGAGCUAUACCACCAAUGGAUAUCCGACCGAGUACGUGCCAACAGCUUUUGAUAAUUUUGCAGCGGUUGUAGCUGUGGAUGGCAAGCCUGUUAAACUUCAACUUUGUGACACAGCCGGACAGGAUGAGUUUGAUAAGCUACGACCGCUGUGCUACACCAACGCUGACGUCUUCCUGCUUUGCUUCAGCGUUGUAAGUCCCUCCUCUUUCCAGAAUGUGAGAGAGAAGUGGGUGCCCGAGAUCCGUCGGCACUGCCCGAAGGCCCCCGUCCUUCUGGUUGGCACCCAAGCCGACCUUCGCCAAGACGUCAAAGUGCUCAUCCAGCUGGCCAAAUAUAAAGAGCGCCCCGUGGACCCCCAAGAAGCCCUCUCUUGCGCCGAGGAAGUGCAGGUCGUGUCUUACAUGGAGUGCUCAGCGCUCACCCAGAAAAAUCUUAAGGAGGUGUUUGAUGCGGCCAUAGUGGCCAGCAUCCAGUACUCUGACAGCCAGCAGCAGAAAAAGAUGAAGAAGCGUACGCCUGACAAAAUGAGGACGCUCUCCAAGUCCUGGUGGAAGAAAUACUGCUGUCUGGCAUAGAGAGGAAAAUGGGAUUGUGUGUGUGGAUGCGGUUUAACUGGAAGUGGCAUUUUUGGAACAAAAUCGAAACGAAACUAUCUGCUUCACGCUACAUUGUCAGUGGAUUAACUGGACCAGAGAUGGUCAAAUGAACAGUUGGGGCAAAAGUCAUCUGGCUUUCUUUACCUUAUCUCCUGUUGAGGAGGGUUUCAAAGUGGAUUAAUGAGCUGUUGCGAUAUGAAACAUCUAGUUCGACUCACAGUCACCACAGAAUCUCUCCCCUCCAUUUAGGCAAGUUAGCCUAAAGUAAACAUUAACCUGUUGGGGAAUCUCAUCAUUCUUUGUUGGUGCUUUAAAUUAAGUCUCAACAAACGUGAUAACAAAGGUUAUCUUUUUUUCUUGGUGGAAAAAUGAUCAAGACCUUAAAUCUGAGAUAUAGUUAAGUGUUACGUUAUGUAUUUGUCAGAACCUUAAGUGCGAUCCAGAAUAUAACCAGAUCUUUGGGCACAUUAUCAUCAUCAAUGACGUUUGCCUUGUUGUGAUGUGAGAGUGAAUGAUGGUCCAUUUCAGAGACACCAGGAUGCUGGCACAUCUCAACAGACUCUAUUGUUUACUUUUGGAGAUGUCCAGACUCAAACAUGCUGUGAGGUCAAGGCCUUUGUGAGUGUGUGUAAACCAGCUGGACUGUAUAUCUGGUCAUUGAACAUGGGGCUGCAUCAGUAACACAAUGUUUUGAUUGGAGCGCUGUCAUGAAGGAUCUGUUGUCAGAUCCUCUUAACUAUUCCUAGAUUUAUGUCGGUCAUUUAAAAUAGUUACUAGUACUUUAGUGUCCAGCACAGAUUCCUGAGCCAAGAUUUUGAACAGAAAAAUAUAGAACCUAAUUGCUUUCCAUAUUAGAGGGAAUUAAAUAUUUGUUUGUGAAAUUAUCACAACCAAAUUCCUCAUAACAAUGCAAUUUAGGGCACAUUUUAACUUUUCUAAUUCUAUCAUCUCAGUGUAUUUGUCACCUAAAGAAUGUGAUCCCGACCACGAUAUGCUCUGAUAAGCAUUGUCUUAUCAUUAAAGAAAGUCUAUGUGUGUUAUUGUCCUUGUGCAAACUACACUUAUAAUCAAACUUCCACAUCAGAUGAACUGUAAAAGUCACCUGCUGCUAUGCGAUACUGUAUGUGAACCAAUGUACACAUACUGUGCAUGACACGAUAAAGUGAAUAACAUGGUAAAGAAAAGUUAAUGUGUAACUGAGUAUGAUGUACUGGAUGUUGAAGGACGUCACCAGUGUCGAAUAUAAAGCGCAGAAUAAAGUGAGAACGAAUUCAAGAUGAUUGCACAUACGUUCACCACGUCAGAAUCGAGCGAGGCGAUGAAAGUGUUAAUGAAAGGAAGUUGGUGGCUCUCAGCAAGUGUACGGCGAUGCAAACAGCAAGUGUUGAAAGGUUUGUAUAGCGAGAGUUGUAGUCCAAAUUAAACAAUCAUACUGAUUUAAGCAUUUUGCUAAAAAGAAAACAGCUAUGUGUGAAUGUGAGGUUGUUUCAUACUGUAAACAUUGUACAUUAUACUCAAUCAUUUAUUUAGAAUUGUAUAUGCGGUGUUUCAUAUAAUGGGAAUCUCAUAAUUUAAACAACGGCCUUAUACGUUCGGACUGACCAAAGCAUGAGAGACACAACGCUGUGUACUUUCAUGGCUGCAAGAUCAAUUUCUAGGUUUUUGACAAGUAGCCAGACGUUGACUUUAAACACAUGCUUUGUGUUUAUUCACUGCUUUGUUUUGCACGUGAGUUUUAUUGCAGUGCUGUUUAUUUACUUUGUGAGUGAACUCCUUGCUGAAGUGUCCCUCCAGACGGAACUCUUCAGGAUCUGACAUGUAAUUACACAGACCUGCUUGUAGAUUGUUAUCUUUCUCAGAAUAAAUAUACUUUUCGUGUA